AAUUUCCACAACGUACUCUUAGCACGUAUACCACAAUCAUACGGAAAGGAAAAGCAGAAGCUGACUGGAGUAAGCGGGUGGAUUUUAAGAGCACCGCUGCUCAAACCGCAUCUCGCAGUCACUCUGAGAUAAACUGAGUGGGUGGUUUAAGUAGUCCGCUCGGAGCGGCUUUUAAACAGGGGGAGUGACAGGCGGCAGACGCAGCUGCAACAGCGGCGUUGGAGGCGCAGCUUCUGACUCCUGCAAACAGCGGCUCAUGUCGAGCUGUGCCCUCGGAUGACAGCUCAGAACAGACAGUGACGCCGGCUGGUUCCGAAAAAUGGAGAACGGCAAGAACCGCCUGCAGCAGGUUCAGGAUGAUGCAGAGGAGGUGAAGGGCAUCAUGCUGGAAAACCUGCAGAAGGUUGAGGACAGGUCGGGCAAACUGAGGGAGCUCGAGGAUCGGGCCGACCAACUGCUGGUGCAGAGCAAGGCCUUCCAAAAGACCACAGCAACCGUGAAGCGGCGGGCCUGUUUGCAGGCCAUGAAGAUGAGGCUGCUGUUAGGGGGCCUCGUGGCAGUGCUUCUGGUGAUCGUCAUUGUGGUCAUCAUUAUACUUACAGUACCCAGCAGUAAGACAAACAACACCGACCCAACAAAUGACGGGAGGAGAUAGACCAGAACUGAUACAAACUGUAUGAUAUGCCCUUGAGAAUGUGAGGAUGGAUGCUUCUUUCAAUGCCCAGAUCAGUGUUUCUGUCACAUGCAGACUUGCAGGAUCCUGACAGCUUACCAGUGCGUGGACCGUUGGACAUAAUGGGACACUGGCUUCGGCUGCUGCUUUUGUCCAUAUCCCAAAAGAAAAGCUGACCUUGUGUGAAUCAUUGUACCAUUUCGAAAGAAUGCAGCAAUUCCCUGUACUCAAAAGGCGUCCGGUCUCAAACAUCGAGCCAUAUUUGUCCUCAACGGAAAUGAAGAACAAACAUUGAUAUCUGGCAUAUUUGUUUAUUUUUCUGUAAUCUUGAUCAUAAAUUGUUUAUGGAACUGCAAUAUGCAUAGAAUGAAGUUUCAGUUUAAUUAAACCUAUUCAAUAAAAAUUCUAUAGUCUCAUACAGGAAUCUGCAACGCUGGUUUAGGUGGCAAACUUUUGUUUGGGAAACAAUAUAAGAUAUGGUCAUACGGACAAUAUUAGCUGUAAGAAGGUCAGAAAUGUUUGCUACUCUGUAAAUAUUAGUGGUCACAUUUCACUGUUUGCGAAAGUAAUUAAACAAUAAUACCAAUGUGUAAGAACAUGUGGUUUAAUGCAUCAUGGUACAGGUAAGAUGUACAGUAAUCUUAUGCUCUAAUGCUAAUCAGGAGAGAAAAAAUAAUAACCACACAUCGGGAAAGCUUUGGUUUUGGGGGAAAUAGAGUAUUAUACAGUUUUUCUCAUUUGCUUAAGAAUUUUGUCCCUUAAGAAGUCUGUUUCAAAAUGAUGUACACACACUAUUUUGCUGGCCAAAAUUAUACAUUUUCUUUGAGAAUGUUUUACCCAUUACAAAACGUUAUGUUUUAUACAGUCAUCCAAUGUUUUUUUUUUUACUUUUUUUCUCUGUACUAACUGCUUUGAAAUUGUAUGAAAAAUAAGCAAAAGGAGCGAGAAAGUAUUCAUGUAUUCAUGGAGAAGAUCUGUUGCACUAAAAAUGAGAGAGUGAAGAUUAAGUGGAUCUUACUUUCAUUAGCUGUGUUUUAGCAGUAAAGAAAAAGGAAGAAGCCAGGAGGCAGGAUGGAAAGCAUAGCAGAAAGAGCGGGGAGAGUGAGUGAGGAAGUUACUCCAUUGCAGAAAUAACAGCAUUUAGUAAAGAUGAAAUGCAAGAUGAAAGCAGCUUAGAGGAACUGAAUCUGUGGAGUUCAAGGUGGGGGCGAAGUGAGAAACUACUGAAGGCGUACAGGAGGGUUUCUUUUUUAAUGAGACUAGGGUCAUGCGUGAAAAUGCAUCUGCAAAUGUCUGCAUCACACUAAAAUGGUACAAUAAAAAAAACACAAGUGACAGUUUGGUGAAUGACAAAUAUGAUUUUCACAAACUGAAAACUGUCAGGCAGUGCAGCCAGAAAUAUAUUUUUUCCAAAUGACAGCCGCCUAAAGUAACAAUUUAAGUGUCUACAAUGCAUUAGACAUAGUUAAUUCCUACUUAUUUUUUGCAUUUAUGAUUAGUAGCAAUAUAAAUAGCUGUUGUGCCACCUUCUUUUUCAAGCUCAUUGCAAAUUAGACAGUGUGUUUGGACACCGGAACAAACUUUUGAUAUCAGGUUUAUGCACAGUUUUAAAAACAAAUAAAACAAAUUUAUCAUAUUACAAUACCUUCAUGGUUUUCCAUGGGUUGUACCAGUCUAACCAUGAGUUGUAGUUGAAAAUGGUUAUUUUUGUCAGUAUUUGAGGUAGAUCUACUAACUCAGGAAUAAAAAUCACUUGGGAUCUUCUUUAUGAUGUAACAUCUGGACCCUUGUUUCUAAAAUGACAUUUAAAUAAAAAGCCCUUUUCCCAGUU